GAGUUUCAUGGUUGCUGUGGUGACACUGUGUUUAGUUGCCCGUCACUCAUUGAGCCGGUAGCAGCGUUAGUUAGCUAAUGAAGAGACCAGCUGCUAGCAACGCCUUAUACCUCACUUAAGAAGCUAAGUACAUUUAACUGAAAGGAAGAAACUACAACGGAGAGAGCAAAAUAAGAACUCUUAACCUGCGAAACUGACAGUGAGAAAAGCGGAGAAUGUAUAAAGUGAAGCAAGUGCCCCAUAAAUUUCUGCCGCCGGAAUGGUGGAUGACAAACCGGGCUCACUGUGUGACUGCGGAGGCAGAGUGUUCACGGUCUGAGCGGCUCAUCGCCACGAGCCAGACUGUGGUGGAAGAAAGUAACAAGGCUGCACAACGCAUGCAACAGGAUGUCAACAAGAAGCUUGAGCAAAGGCUCCAGGCCAUCAAGUUUUGGAGGCAAGAGCUGGAUAAGAAGCUGGGGGAAAUGACAGAGGAGAUGGAGGUUCUGAUGACCUUCAGGACCAGACUGGAGAAGGCCUUGGAGAACUGCUCACCACCCCUCCAAGUCAUACAGCAGUGUCUGUCAGAAAGGGAGAAUCAUGCGGGCAUUGACCGGGUUCAUGAUGAGGUGGAGAGGGAACUGAUGAAGGAGAGGGAGGUGAUGGAGGGGGUGAGAUCACUGCUGCAGCGUACUCUGGAACAGACCAAUGAGCAGAUGAGACUGAACCGUUCAGCAAAGUUCUGGCUAGAGAAAGAUCUGCAGCAGAAGUUUCAGGCAGAGCAGAUCGAUGAUCGUUGUUCCGUCCUCACUGACACCUCACCUAGCCUGAGCCACACAGAGAAGAUGCACCGCUCUACUCUGAGUACCAAUGUAACACCUGAAGGGUGGGAGAAUUCCUCCGAAAUAAAUACCUCCAAGGCAGAGAAAGAGAGGAACAACUCGGCGUCUCUGAGAGCCCUGAUAGACCGUGUGCUGGAGCAGACGGCUGCAGACAUGCGCAGCCAGCACCAGGCUGCGGCCACUGCCCUUCAGCUGCGCAUACAGGAGACGAAGGAUGCCAAAGAUCAGCUCGAAGACCACCUGCAGAAGGUUCUGGCAGAAAUUGCAAACCAGGAGAGGAACCUAGAAUCCCUUGCAGUAGCCAUUCAGGCCAAGCAGGGGCCGCUAAAGGUUGCGCAGACACGUCUGGCUCUGCGCAGCCAGAGGCCCAGUCCUGAGCUCUGCCUGGACUCUGCGCAGAUUCAGCUUUCUGCAGAGGUCCAAGACCUGUCUGCUCACCUGGAGAGGCUGAAUGCCAGCCUAUCCCAGUCAGAGAUGGAGCUUCGGGCAUUGAGCCAGACCCAGCUGUCCCUGGAGGAGCAAAUUCAUGGGAAGUCAAACUCCCUCUACAUCGAUGAGGUCAUCUGCUCAUCGCUACACCAGUCUAUUGCAAUUCACAGUUUCUGAUUGGACCAUGGGCUGAAUCUUAAUCUCUGUAUUUUGAGGACCAACGUGUAGACCAGCACCACUCAACUCCAAGUGCUGCAGACCACAGUGUCUGCUGGU